UCCUGGAAGCUGCUUUCUUACCUGAUUUCCUCCUUGGAUACAUUAUCUAAUGUGCCGUGACGUUGCUGAACCCAGAGCUGAUAAAAAAUUCCUAGCACGCUAGAGCAAAGUCAAAGUGCCAUAAAGAGAACCGUGUCUGUCUACGUCUAACGUCUACGUUGACAUCUUUUCCUCGUUUCUGUCCCUCCUAAAGAUCUGGGACUCUUACAGCUUCUUCUGCUUGGAAGUGGCAGCAGUUCGGGACGUCAUCGUGUAGAGGAACCGCGCCUGGUCCUGCGUGAAGAAAUAAUGAUCUCAGGAACUGAUUUAGAAACUUCAUAGCUAGCUUUAACUAUAACCGGUCAAUGUUCAGGGUGUAAACGUGAUUUAGUUUCUCUGUGUUUUUUGUCUGGAGCGAGAAGUCUCAAUGGGGCUGCUGAGCAAGGGUGAUUAUGUCUGGAUGGACUCCGGGAUCGGGGUCCCGAUCGGGGCUCGUGUGAAAACGAUAGACGGCAAGAAGGUGCUUCUGCUGGACGAUGAUGGAAAGGAGCGGAGUGUGUCGGCGAGCGAGCAGACGUCCCUCAGACUCAUGCACCCCACGUCGGUGGAGGGAGUGGACGACAUGAUCAAGCUGGGUGAUCUGACCGAGGCCGGCGUGCUCAGGAACCUGCUGAUCCGACACAAACAGGACAGCAUCUACACGUACAUCGGCUCGGUGUUGGUGGCCUUGAACCCGUAUCAGCUGCUGCCCAUCUACACGGCGGAUCAGGUGCAUCUGUACCACGGCCGCCGUCUGGGUGAACUGCCCCCCCACGUCUUUGCUAUCGCAGACUGCUGCUACUACAACAUGAGGAGAAAGCAGUGUAACCAGUGCUGCAUCAUCAGUGGGGAGUCGGGAGCAGGAAAGACGGAAAGUACGAAGCUGAUCCUGCAGUUUCUGGCAGCAGUGAGCGGACAGCACUCGUGGAUCGAGCAGCAGAUUCUGCAGGCGAACCCGGUACUGGAAGCUUUUGGAAACGCCAAAACAACACGAAACGACAACUCAAGCCGCUUUGGGAAGUACAUCGAGAUCUUCUUUAAUAAAGACGGUGUGAUUGAAGGAGCUCACAUGGAGCAGUACCUGUUGGAGAAAUCUCGUGUCUGCCAUCAGGCACCAAUGGAGAGAAACUACCACAUUUUUUACUGCCUUCUUUCUGGAAUGCCCAAAGACCAAAAAAAUGCCCUUUCACUCGGCGAUGCGGCGCAGUUCAAAUAUCUCACUGAGGGAAACUGUAUGUCGUGUGAUGGACGGGACGACGAAGAAGACUUCGGCCUCAUCCGCACCGCCAUGAAAGUCCUCACCUUCUCUGACAGGGAAUGCUGGGACAUAUUUAAACUGCUGGCAGCGAUUCUUCACCUGGGCAAUGUUGUGUUUGAAGCCGGCAUGAUGAAUAACAUGGACUCGUGUGAGGUUUCAUCAUCAGACCAUUUCACUGUUGCUGCUAAGCUAUUAGAGGUUGAUAAAUCACAUCUGGACACCAGUUUGACCUCUCGCACUUUUAUAACCAAACAAGAGCAACUGACGAAACCUCUAAGUUUAGACCAGGCUCUGGAGUGCAGGGACGCUCUGGCCAAGGCUGUUUACACCAAACUAUUUAUGUGGAUUUUUGGGAAAAUGAACAGUGCCAUCCAUAAACAGCAGCCGGGCAGCUCCGGCAAUCAGACGUCCAUCGGCCUACUGGAUAUAUUUGGCUUUGAGAAUUUCCAAGUCAACAGUUUCGAGCAGCUGUGCAUUAAUUAUGCUAACGAGCGGCUGCAGCAGUUCUUUGUGGAGCACAUCUUCAAGCUGGAGCAGGAGGAGUACCUCAAAGAGGGUGUGACAUGGAAGAACAUCUCCUUCAUCGAUAACCAGCAUACGAUCAACCUUCUGGCUUUAAAGCCACUCAACCUGCUGUCUCUGAUUGAUGAGGAGACCCAAUUCCCCAAGGGCACAGACAAGUCUAUGUUGGACAAAAUGAACAACAAACAUCAAUCAAAUAAAAUCUACAUCCCACCCAAGUCCUACCACGUCCUGCAGUUCGGUGUCCGACACUUUGCCGGUGUCGUCUUUUACGACUGUAAAGGGUUUCUGGAGAAGAACCGGGACAUGUUGAGUUCGGAUAUCAUCACCCUGAUACAGAAAUCCUCCAGCAAGCUGCUCAGGCAGAUCUUUGAGACGGAGCUGAACUCCUGCCGAGACAAACCUGUCAGCAACAACAACAACAACAACAACCACCACAGGAUCAUCAUCACGCAGAAGAAACCCACACGGCCGUUACAGCAGGGGAACGAGCAGCGGAGACAGACCACACUGAUCGGCCAGUUCAGACAGUCUCUGGACAAGCUGAUGUCCACCCUGUCCAAGUGCCAGCCGUUCUUCAUCCGCUGCUUCAAACCCAACGACACAAAGCUCUCCAUGGUGUUCGAUCGGGAUCUGUGCAUGCAGCAGCUGCGUUAUUCCGGCGUCUUGGAGACUAUCAAAGUUCGCAAACUGGGAUUUCCAAUUCAGCACAAGUUCAAAGAGUUCCUGGGACGUUAUCGAGUCUUACUGAAGACCAUCGACUGUGACCCCAACAAGGAGUCUGUGUCUGACUGCUGUAACGCCAUCUGCAAAGCCGUGAUUAAAUGUGAAGACGACUGGAGGAUGGGCAAGACCAAGAUCUUUCUCAAGGAGCAUCAUGACUCGUUUCUGGAGCAGGAGAGAGAGCGCGAGCUCAACAGAAAAGCGCUCAUCAUCCAGAGAGUGAUGCUCGGCCACAAAGACAGGAAGAAUUUCAUCAGGAAAAGAAGUGCAACUUUGACUGUGCAGAAAAUCUGGCGUUCUUACAGAGUCCGAAAAGAGUGUAUGAAACUGCGUCAGGGUUUGUUGCGUCUCCAGGCAGUGGUACGCACCAAGCAGGGUUUCUUGCAGUACAGACGCAAACGAGCCGCCGCUGUCGUACUGCAGAACCACACACGCAGCUACCUGACAAGGAAAGGCCUGAAACGCAGACAAGAUGCGGCCGUAAUGCUGCAGACACAAAUCAGAGGCCUGCUCGCCAGGAAACAACUCAAACGCCUUAAAGAGGAAGCGUUCUUGUCAGCCCAGGAACAUGAGGAACGGGAACGGGAAGCUCUGGAGCUCCAGCGCAGACACAUUAAAACCAAUCGCCAAACAAGUGAGACUGAAGAUAGCGAAGAGGAGGAAACGAGUCAUGAGGAAAUGGUGGAAACGGAGUUUCGAUUCCUUCCGAGCCCCACAGAAAGAUCGGAGGAACCGAGGCAAGACAACACACAGCAAGAACAAAGCGUGGAUUUGAAGCAGGAUGAAGAUGAAGAUGAAGAGGUGUUGCAGAUUGUGAUAACUCCAGCUACUAAUGACAAACCGGCUGCAAAAGAGCAAGAAAAAGAAGAAGAUGAAGAUGAAGAGGUGUUGCAGAUUGCCAUAACUCCAGCUACUAAUGACAAACUGGCUGCAGAAGAGCAAGAAGAAGAUGAAGAUGAAGAUGAAGAUGAAGACGAUGACGAGUUCUCUUUUACAAACUUCUGUGCCCUAUAUUUCCAGCAUUCUGCUACUCACACACACAUCCAGCAGAGGCUGAAGCAGCCGCUGCUUUACCACGAGGACGAAAGAGACACGCUGGCCAGUCUGUCCGUUUACUGGAUCAUCAUGAGGUUCAUGGGUGAUGUUCCUGAGCAGAGCAAGGCUCGUCAGUCUCUAACCCCCAACCUGAUCCAGCAGCACCUUGGACAGCGCCAGGGUCGGCGUAUCAGUCACCUCAUUGGUUUGGAACAGGUGAAAAACAAACUCGGCCACAAUAAGAGGAAACACUCCACCAUUCUAGAGAAUUUCCAGUUAAACAUGGAAGACAUGGACGAAGAAGACGAUGUUCUGAUCGGAGAAGGACCCAGUUUGGAUCGUCCCAUGACCUCCUUGGAGAAACUGCACAUCAUUGUAGGAUAUGCCUUACGCAGACCUCACAUUCGAGAUGAGAUCUACUGUCAGAUCUGUAAGCAGCUGACAAAGAAUAAGAACCAGAGGAGCUGUAAGCAAGGCUGGAUUCUUCUCUCCAUCUGCCUGGGAAUCUUCCCUCCAACUGAGCUCCUGAAGCGAUACCUGGAGCAUUUUAUUCACCGUGGUCCGGCUGAGUUCUCCUCAUCUUGCGCCGAACGCCUCCAGAGAACUCUGACUAACGGCGAGAGGAAGGAAGUGCCGUGCUGGAUGGAGCUACAUUCCACAGAGACGAAGAAGCCCAUCACUGUGGACGUGACCCUGAUGGACGGGCGUGUCCUCACACUGCCUAUAGACUCUUCCAGCACUUCAUCAGAGCUCUGCGGUGCCAUCGCGGAGAAGAUCGAUCUGAAGGAUAUGUACGGAUUCUCGCUCUACAUCUCCUACCUUGACAAGAACUGUUCCCUGGGCAGCAGCAGGUAUCACGUCCUGGAUGCCAUUUCACUGUGUGAACAGGAUGAGAGGAGGAAAAGUGGUGAUGAGAAGGGAGCUCAGUGGAUUCUCUCGCUCCGGAAAGAGCUCUUCACUCCGUGGCACGACUGCACUGCUGACCCCAUCAGCACAGAGCUCAUUUACACACAGAUCAUCCACAACCUCAAGUCUGGAGAGUAUCAGUGUGAUAAGGAGGACGACUACGUGCAGCUCGCAGCAAAGCACUAUUACAUAAAGUACGGCACAGAGAGCAGCAUGGAGAAGGCCAAAAGCAUCGUGUGGGACUGUCUGAGCCUCAAUCUGAUCGAGAACAAAUCAGAGGUCAGGCUGGUGCAGCUGAUCAGCGACUUCCACAACAAGGGCUUAUAUAUAAACUCCAAGCCCAGUCCUGACAGUGUGAAAGCAGAAGUGGUGGAGUUCGCUCGUCUCAACUGGCCCAUCUACUUCUCUAAAUUUUACGAGUCUUACGUGAUUUCAGGUCCUUUACUUCAAGAAAAGGUCACGGUGGCCGUUAACUGGCACGGCGUCUCGUUUCAUGAGGGAAAAGAGAGAAUGUACCUGAUGCUCUCUUACCCCGAGGUGACAGGGGUAGAAAUAAUCAGUGAGGGAGCUGGUGUGUCUCAGACAAGGGAGGUGGUGUGUCUCUCCACGCUGAGAGGUGAGUUCAAGCUGAUGGCAGAUAACGCUCAGAAAAUGGUGGAGAUUCUGUCUACGUUCCUCAGUGGUCUGAAAGAGCGUUCUGUCUACGCCGUAGCUGUUCAGGACUCCAGCAGACAAGAUGAUGCAACGUUCCUGAGCCUUAAAAAGGGAGAUCUCAUCUACAUCAUCAAAGAUGGAGAGUACGCUCCUGAGGGUGGCUGGAUUAACGGGCGGAGCGACAGAACUGGACAAACUGGAGCUGUUUCUACAGACACCAUCACUAUCCUGCCGACCCUGAGUAGACCCUCUAAUGACAUACUGGCUCUGUUGAACCCGGCUCAGAGGAAAUCUGUGCUGGCUGCUCCACAGAAGGAGGACAUGAGCGCAGAGACAAUGGCUCAUUCUCUCAAAGACUUCUCCUAUGAGUAUUUCAGAGAGCCGGGUAAGGAUGCAGGGCGUCCAGGGCGAGCCAGGGUGCGAGAGAGACUGUGGGCUCAAUCAAAAGAACCACUCAAACAGCCGCUACUGAUGAGUCUGCAGAAAAACCCAGAGCUCAGCCUGCAGGCCUGCAUGUCCUUCACCGCUAUUCUUAAGUAUAUGGGUGACUAUCCUAUCAAAAGCACAAGGAACCCUGUAGAGCUAACGGACCAGAUCUACGGACCUGCUCUGCAGUACCCUGACCUCAGAGAUGAAGUUUACUGCCAAAUCAUGAAGCAGCUCACCAAAAACAACAACCCGUUGAGUAAGGAGCGAGGAUGGCAGCUGUUCUGGCUUGGUUGUGGACUUUUUCCUCCCAGUCAGAUUUUGUUAAAACACACCCAACGCUUCUUAGAGUCCAGACCCCGAGAGCCGCUAUCAUCUGCCUGUCUGCACAGGCUACAGGAGAUGCUCAGAGUAGAAGCCAGAACAGCAGCUCCUCAUCCGGUGGAAGUAGACGCCAUCCGGCAAAACAGCUCCCAGAUCUUCCACAAAGUUCAUUUCCCUGAUAACACAGCAGAGAUUUUUGAAGUCACCUCUACUACACGGAACCGUGACCUGUGUCGCAGUAUCGCUCGUCACCUCAUGCUCUCUUCUGCUGAUGGCUACAGUCUGUUUGUGAAAACUGCAAGCAAGGUGGUGAGCAUGAACGAGCAGCUCUACUUCUUCGACAAUCUGAAGGAGCUCACAGAUGCUUCCAAGAAAGGAAAGAAAACCAAAGAGACAACUCAAGUCACAGUCCAGUAUCUGGUGCUGUUCAUGAGGAAGCUCUGGUUUAACGUGAUUCCUGGGAAAGAUCUGAAGGCUGACCUCAUGUUCCACUUUCCACAGGAGUUGCCGAAGUAUCUGCAUGGUUAUCACCACGUGGAGAAGCAGGAUCUGAUCUCUCUGGCUGGUCUCCUGUUCAGGGUGCAAGUGGACGCAGACCGAUCGCAGUUCGUUAUGAUCCCCAGAAUGAUGAAGGAUCUCGUACCUGCUGAUCAGCACAAGAUCAUGUCCACUGAGGACUGGAAAAAGCACAUAAUCAGUGAGUACAAUAAGCAGGCAGGUAUCACAGUAGAAGAGGCUAAAGUGCGCUUCCUGAGGGCCAUCGCUCCCUGGCCCACGUUCGGCUGUGUUUUCUUCGAAGUGAAGCAAACAUCUGACCGCAGUUAUCCCAACGUCAUCAUCAUCUCCAUCAGCAAACAAGGUGUCAGCCUCAUCGACCCUAAGACCAAGGAGGCGCUGGUUAUGCAUCCGUUCAGCAAAAUCACUAACUGGUCCAGCGGAAGCACCUACUUCCACCUGACCAUCGGCAGCCUGGUGAAAGGAAACACACUGCUGUGUGAAACCUCAAUGGGAUAUAAAAUGGACGACUUGCUGAACUCUUAUGUGAACAUGUACAUGCAGGAGAGGAUGCCGGUGAGAGAAAGAAGCCGGCACUUCUAUUAAUUAGCGAACUUUAGCUUUUAAAACUUUAUUAAUGAUUAAAUUUGUCUUUGUUUUAUUUACUCUGUGAUGUCAUUAAGUCAACUUUAAUUUGUCUGUAAAAACUCUUAGGAAACGUAAAUAAACCCUCCAGCAUCUGAGUAUGAAA